AUGACGUCUCCGCCCGUGUCUCCUCCUUUUCCGAUGGACAUCAUAGAGCGACCUAAGCCAGUGAAGCAAACUUUUUGCCUGAAGAUACUCACGUCGACAUCUUCGCAGAUGCCUUCAAAAAAGGCCUUGCUGGCUGGCUUUAAGACGGCAGCAGAAGCCAGUGUAUAUUACCUGACGUUUUUCCUUUGCGCUCUGCCGACAGCGCGGUGUGCGAAAACGAAGCCACACAUAGUGUUUUUCCUUGCAGAUGACGUGGGAUGGGGCGACGUCAGCUUCCACGGCUCGUCUCAGAUACCGACGCCCAACUUGGACGCUCUGGCUGCAGACGGUAUCGUACUGAACAACUACUAUGUUCAGUCUUACUGCACGCCAUCGAGGGCUGCCCUUCUGACGGGACUGUACCCAAUACGCACAGGCAUGCAGGGUGUGCCGAUUGAUAUACCUCAGCCAUGGGGUCUGCCGACGGACGUGCGUAUUCUGCCCCAAUACCUUAAAGAAUUCGGCUACGAGACCCACUUGGUAGGAAAGUGGCACCUAGGAUCUUACAAGGACAGCCUUACGCCAACAUGCCGAGGCUUUGACAGUUUUUACGGCUUCUACUAUGGAGAGGAAGACUACUACACUCACACCCUCAGCUAUGAAAACCACACAGGUCUCGAUUUCUGGCUGAACAAGGAACCCGUGUGGUCAGACAAUGGAACCUAUUCUACGUCACUGUACACGAAGAGGGUACAGUCCAUCAUCAAAAACAGGAAAAAGUCCAAGCCACUGUUGCUCGUGGUGUCUUACCAGGCCGCACACUCCACAGUAGACCCAGAUCACCUGCAAGCGCCGGAGGAAAAUAUCGCCAAGUUCCCCUACAUAGGAGAGAAGAACAGAACGUUCUAUGCUGGGGCCAUGGCCCUCAGCAGAUAG